AUGGUAUGCGCGCAACUUCGCCGUGCUUUCCUCUCACCAUCGUCGAUCGUCAUCCCUCCCUACGCGUCUAUAUCGCCGGCUCCCACAGUGCGAUCCCGUCAGUCGAGAGAAGAGGAAGAGGGACGAAGAUGCUUCCAGGUGCUGGUGGAGCGGCAGGUGGCGGCGGCGCGCUGGGGCACAUCCGCGCGGCGGCCGGGGCCAACUUCUUCCUCGGCUUGGCGUUGGCCGCAAUGGCGCUCGUCGUCGCCACUCGCCACCAGCUACCACCCCAGCGACCUCCACGUCCACGCCCAGAUCGGUCACGCGGCGGCGCCGGCCGCGUACGCCGGGGAAACCCAGCAGCAGCACUGCGCGGCCACGGAGGCGGAGGCGCUGGACCUGCACAAGACGGCGCUGAUGCUGGUGCUCUCGGGGCUGGCUCAGGCAAUGAUUGCCGCGGCGGCCGACUUGGCCCUGGCGUGGGACGGUGGCAUUCUGGGCCGGCUCUUCGCCGUCGUGGCGCCCCUCGUCGGCGCCAUGAACGUCUAUUCCAUCUGCUAUGUCGUCCACGGGGUGGCAGUCGUCGCCGGCGGGCACUGCGCCGCUGGGUACCUGUACCUCCCCGACUUCGGCUCCUACUUGGCCAUCGCCGUUCUGCUCAUCGUCAGCCUCGUCGUCACCCUUUGCGGGUAGGAGUUACCAACUGGCUGCCACUGCCGCUGAUUCCCUCUAGCUUAGCUUAGAUCAGUCGCAGCAUCCAUCUGCUUCUACCUCUAGCAGUAGCUACUACUACACUAGUACGUCCCUGGAUGAUCACCUCAUGCUUAGCUUAGCGAGCUCGCAGAGCAUCCAUCUUCUUCUACCUAGCACUAGUACACUACUGCUACAUCUAUGGAUCUUAGUGAUUAAUCGUACAAUUACUAGUACCAUCAGCAGUGUGAUGAUCGAGGU